UAGCACCUCCUGCUGCACAGAUGUGCUCGUCAGACCAGUUUUCAGGCAGAGUUCGGGUAAAAGAAUUUCAGGGAAGUCCUCAUGCCAGAGGUCAAAACACAAGAUACUGGAUUUUGUUUUUCGAGAAAGGGGACACAGACACUUUUAUGUUUUAUGCGACGGAUGUUGUGACAGAAAUGUGGGAUUGAUUUGGAGCCACGUCUCACAGGAGCCUAACAGGACAGUGAAUUUGUGUGAUCUCAUCACGGCCACGAUAAGACAGCUCAGCACAGCUGUGAGGCUUCAGCAGCUGGACCAUGUUCUCGUCUGCUGUCCCAUACAAGAACCAGCACUACGCUGAGCUGAAGACGAAUUGCAUCAGGGACAAGACGCUGUUUGAGGAUCCAGAGUUUCCUGCCGCCAAUGAAUCGCUGUACUUUAGGAGACCACCUCCUGGUAUCGUGCAGUGGAAACGACCAGCGGAGAUAAGCAGUGAGCCCCAUCUGUUCGUGGAGGGCAUCAGCUCCCACGACCUGAACCAGGGAGUCGUGGGGAACUGCUGGUUUGUUGCCGCCUGCUCCUGUCUGGCAUCAAAGCCAAACCUCUGGAAGAAGGUAAUUCCGGACUGGAAGGAGCAGGAAUGGGAUCCCAAACAUCCGGAGAACUAUGCCGGAAUCUUCCACUUUCAGUUCUGGGUGUUUGGCGAGUGGCUGGACGUGGUGGUGGACGACCGGCUGCCCACGAUCAAUGGAGAACUCAUCUACUGCCAUUCGAAAACCAACAAUGAAUUCUGGAGCGCGCUGCUGGAGAAGGCCUACGCCAAGCUCUCUGGCUGCUACGAGUCACUGGAGGGGGGAAACACCGGAGACGCCGUGGUGGAUUUCAGCGGAGCUGUGGCUGAAUCCAUCAACGUGGAGACAGGAGAGUACUUCAAAGACCAGAAAAAACAAGACCAGCUGUUCGAGGAUCUUCUGAAGGUCUAUGACCGUGGAGGCAUCAUCAGCUGCUCCAUUAAGCCAGAUCCUCAUAUAAUUGAGGCGAAGAUGGCAAACGGGCUGGUGAAAGGCCACGCGUACUCCAUAACCGCAGUGCAGAAGGUGCGUUUGGGUCACGGGCUACUGGCCUACUUCAAGAACGAAACCAUCCCUCUGAUCCGCAUGAGGAACCCCUGGGGCAAGACUGAGUGGAAAGGAGCCUGGAGUGACAGCUCGGAGGAAUGGUCAAAGGUCGGUGACACGGAGAGGGGGAACCUCGGCAUCACGGUGGAGGAUGACGGAGAGUUCUGGAUGUCCUUCGCAGACUGGUGCAAGUUCUUCACAGAAGCAGACGUCUGCCGUCUCAUCAACACCUCAGUGAUUAGCGUCCACAAGACGUGGAACGAGGUCGUGCACUUUGGGAGCUGGACCAAAAACGCAGAUCCGCUGUUAAACCGCUGCGGCGGCUGCGCCAACCACAAGCCGACGUUUCUGCAAAAUCCACAGUAUCUGUUUGACGUCACGAAGGAGCUCGACGAAGUUCUGAUCUCCCUGCAGCAGAGAGACAUGAAGAUGCACAGAAAAUUUGGUCAAGGAGAAAAUAUAAGCAUUGGCUUUGGUAUUUUCAAGGUGGAGCUGAACAGGAAGUAUCGGAUGCAUGACAUCCUGACACAGCAGUGUGUGGGCACGUCCACUUACAUCAACGCUCGCACAGUGUUCAUGAGAUGCAUGCUGCCACAGGGACGCUACGUCAUCUUCCCCACCACCUUCGAGCCCCAGACGCUGGGGGAUUACAUGAUCCGAGUUUUCACUGACGUGGACUCAGGUUGCAGGGAGCUGACGGAAGACAAGCCAAGAGUAAGAUGCUGGAGUUCAUUCGUGGGAUACCCACAGGCUGUCACUCACGUCUAUGUCCAUGGGGCCGAGGGGCUGCAGAACCAGGACAGCACUGGGGGUGCAGACCCCUACGUGAUCAUAUACUGUGAGGGCCGCUCAGUGAAAUCCAACAUCAAGAAAGACACCUUGAAACCAGAAUUCACAAUCAGUGCCAUUUUCUACAGGAAGAAGCCCAGGAAGCCCAUAACUGUGGAGGUGUGGAACAGCAACGCGGUGAAGGACGAGUUCAUGGGACAGGUGAUGUUGUCCGGGUCGGUGAAGGACACCACCGACCCCCAGAUGCUCAGGUUGAGGAAGCGAGGCCGGCACAUGGCCGACGAGAUGCCCGGAAGCAUCAGCCUGAGGAUCGCCACUUCCACUCAGCUGACCGCCAUGUGACCCCGUCAAGUGACCUGAGGAGAGCGAGUCGUUGUCAGUGCUGAACUUUAGCGUGAUGUGUCAUCAUAACAGUACUAAGCCCUGUGUGUACGAUGAGCAGAGUUUUACACUAAUAUGAGCAGCGGCACUAUUGGACAGACUGAUCGUCACUUCCUGUGUGUCACUUUUUAUCCAAACAUUUUUUUUAAUAACUUAUACAUGUCUAUAUUGACAUUUUAGCAAGUUGCUUGUGAGGAUAUCAUUCCUCUUUUUAUUACACUAUAGAUACUGUGAGUAAUAGGGUCUUACAAUACAAUUUUCUUGUUUACGGACCAUUUGCUGAAUUCAUCAUUAUGCAGUUUGUACUACUAAAAACUCAUGUAUCUGUUUCUUUCAUUCAGCUUCUUUGUCUGUGUUUCAUCAGUUAAUAUCAGCGUGUUUCAUUCUCAUGCAUUAUUACCGAAAUCCCCAAAACCCUGAAUGACAAAACAAAUAAAAAAUAAAUUGAACCUAAGAAUCAUAACAGCCGACAAA